UUGCCCUCACAUUCAUAUACAUCCAUCGCGCUCUCUCUCUCUUUCUCUCUUCCUUUCUUUAUUUACUUUCUCUCUCCGCUACACUGUCUUCCAACUCAUCACUCAGCAAUAAUCCCCAAAACCCAGGAAGCAUUGAAUUGAAGAAUGAAGAGGUGAUCACCUUUUUAAAGUCCCUUGAAAUCUGUGAUUUUAGUUUGGAGUUUUGCGUAGGCACAGAAGGGUAGUUUCUGGGUUUUCACAACACUUUUGUGUUGCCUUUUUUUGGUUGGUGUUUUUUGGGGGAUUUCUACUACUGAACUAGUCAGGGCACCCAUUUGAGAAAAACUUUGAAAAAAGGAUUUUCUUUUCGAAGGUUAUUCUCUUACACUUUUUUUUUUUAACCAUUUUGAUUCCCAAGGAAGCAAUUUUUUUUUCCUCAAAAACAAACAGUCCUUUUUGUUCUUAUCUAUAUAUUGUGGGAGGCGGGUUUUUGUUGUUCAAGUUUUUUGAGUUGGGUUUUUGGGAGCUAAUAAGCAAUGGCUAGUGGGUAUUCAAUGAGAGAUGAAGAUUUUCAAGAAGAAGAUGUGUGGGGCGUUAUGAAGGAAAGAUCAGAAGAUUUAAGCCCAAAGGCGAGAAAAGUGAGGGACUACUCAUUUGGUUCAACAUCUACUCCAAGAAUGAUCAUCCCAAGGGCUAACAACAGUGAGGCAAAGAUGGCUCAUCAGCAAUCAUCAGCUCCUGUGAACAUCCCUGACUGGUCAAAGAUUUAUAGGAAGAACAACAAGAACUCAAAGAAAGGUUCAUGGGUUGAUGAUGGUGGUGAUGAUGGAGAUGAUGUUGAUGAUUAUGAUUAUGAUUAUGAUGAUGAGAUGGUCCCACCACAUGAAUAUGUUGCCAAGAAGCUUGCAAGAAGCCAGAUCUCUUCACACUCCAUGUGUGAAGGGAUUGGAAGGACCCUCAAAGGAAGAGACCUCAGCAAAGUUAGGAACGCCAUCUUAACCAAAACUGGUUUCUUAGAGUGAUCUCUCUCUGCCUAUAGCACUACCACCGUCUUCAUCAUCAUCACCAUCAUUAUCAUCAUCACUAUCAUCAUCAUCACCAUCAACAUCAUUUUGUGGAAUCAUAACCACCAUUGAAUCAUCUUCAUAUGUCAUUGUCAUCAUGUUCAUCAUAAUCUUCAUCCUCUGCCAGCAAGGGUCCCAUUUAAUCUUUUUUUUUUUUUUACUUUUACCAUUAAUUAUUACAUAUAGCAGCAUGUAAUGCACUGGGGUCGGUUGAGCUAUAUGGCAUUUGAGUUUAAAAGUUGUCAGAGCUGCUAUUUUUGAGUUUUGGAUUUUUUUCUAUUUUUCCCUUUAGGGGUAAAAAGAAAAAAGAAAAAGAAAUCUCUUGGCAGCCUCUGAAAUUUUGUCAGGAAAUUCAAAUGUUCUAUUGCAGAUGGAAUGCAACUGUAUCAGGAUAUUUAUAUGAAGCAAAA